GUACUACAUAAAUACUUCAAUGGUGUCUUUUAAACUACCAACGGUUACUUUGCUCAAUAGGAAAUUGUACCAAUGAAGUAUAUGCACUGAGUUACUAAUACCAAAGAAGCAGGAAGCUCCUCAUUUUGACUUCCAGAAACCAACCCAAGCUGUUAAAUCGUUUACUUUUCCAAGCGAUUUGGUUUGAAUUUGCAAAAAUUGGAGUUUGUUUUGGAAUUUUUUGUUCAAAACUGAGAGUAAUAGAGAUGGAUUUUCAUGGCAUGAAGAGGAAGAGACUGCAGGCUCUGUGCAAGAAACAUGGCAUUCCUGCAAAUUUGAAGAGCUGCGAAAUGGCAGACAGACUCUCCUUGCUUUUCAAGGAAAAAGAAAUGGAAAAUCCUGUAGGUUCUGGUAAUGCUAGAACUGAGAAAGACACCACACUUCAUUGUGUUGGUGGCAAAAAUGGGGAAGUGAUUGAUUUGGUGACUCCUAGCCCGGGUUCAAAGGAAAGGAGUGUUUUUUCUGCCAAGAAUUUGAAAGGUUCAGAGAUUGAAAGGUUGGAAUUCGAAACAAAUUUGUCCCCGGAAAUAACAAGGGAAGACUUUGGAAUUUGUGGGGUUGGGGAAGACAUGCAAAACAGACUCAAGAACGAGCAUGAUAACAGUCAGGGAGGUUUACAUUUAGCACCUGUAGCAGUUGCUUUAGUGGAAUUCAACAACCAAUUGUCGGAGGGAGAAGAUGAGAAGUUGGGCGACAACAAUAAUCUUAUUGGAGAUAUUUGUGAAUAUGAAAAGGGAAAAGCCGGAGCUGCAGAACAAGGCGUUCAUAAUAGCCUUCGAGGAUCAAACAUGAAAGAUGUGAAUGCUUUACAUUCUUCUAAAGAGGAAUCUGUCUCUUCAAUGAUGGUAGAAGAUGAAGCUACAGAACAAGGCGACUGCAUUAGCCCUCAAGGAUCAAGAAUGAAAGAUGUGAAGGUUUUACAUGUUUCUCAAGAGAAAUCUGGUUACCCUGUGGUGGAAAAAGAUGACGAAGUAGAACAAGGCGACCAGAGUAGCUCACCAGGAUCAAACAUGAAAGAGGUGAAUGCUUUACAUGCUUCUGUAGAAGAAUCUGGCUCUCCUAUGAUGGAAGAAGAUGAAGCUAUAGAUCAAGGCAACUGCAUUAGCUGUCAAGGAUCAAGCAUGAAAGAUGUGAAGAUUUUUAAAGUUUCUCAAGAGGAAUCUGGUUACCUUGUGAUGGAAAAGGAUGAAGCUGAAGAACAAGGAGACCACAAUAGCGCUCCAGGAUCGAACACGAAAGAUGUAACUGUUUUACAUGCUUCUGAAGAGGAAUGUGGUUUCCCUAUGGUGGAAGAAGAUAAUGCUUUAAAACAAGGUGACCUCAAUAGCUCUCAAGGACCUAGCAUGAAAGAUGUAAAUAUUUUACUUCUUUCUCAGAAGGUAUCUGACUAUCCUAUUGCGGAAGAUGUAGCUGUAGAGCAAGGUGACAACAAUAGCCCUCAAGGACCAAACAUCAAAGAUGUGAAUAUUUUACAUGUUUAUCACGAAGAAUCUGUUUACCCUGUGGUGGAAGAAGAUGCAGCUGUAGAACAAGGUGAUCACAAUAGCCCUCAAGGACCAAACAUCAAAGAUGUGAAUAUUUUACAUGUUUAUCAGGAAGAAUCUGUUUACCCAGCAGUGGAAGAAGAUUUAGCUGUAGAACAAGGUGACCAAAAAAUCUCUCAAGGGCCAAACAUGAAAGAAGUGAAUGUUUUACACGUUUUUCUGGAGGAAUCUGGUUACCCUAUGGUGGAAGAAGAGGAAGUUGUAGAACAAGGUGACCACAAUAGCCUUCAAGGAUCAAACCUAAAAGAUGUUAGUGUUAUGCAUGUUUCCCAAGAGGACUUUGGUUUCCCUACGGUAGAAGAAGUGCAGAAAGCUGAAGGCAAUAUUUGUAAUGGCAGUUUCUACGAUCUCUUAAACACUGGAUCAGAAGUUGAAGCCAAGAAUACUGAUGGAAAGAUCAAAUUAUCUGCAGAAGAUUCUGUAGAAGAUGUUCCUUCUAGUUUGAAUAAAUCUUCAGUUGGCACACAAGAUCAAUUUCAGAGCACUUAUCCAGAAAAUGAAGUCAUGUCUAGUGGUCUUAAUAUUCACCAAGAUACGUGUAAAGAGGAGUUGAAAUCACCACAAAAUACAGGUUCAAUUGCAAAUCCAGGGGAAUGCUCUAGAUUUUCUCCCCAUAACCUUGAAGCCUCCUUAGUUGAGAGCUUUCAGUUUGAAACAUAUUCUGACCUGAGACCACUUGGAGAUAUAGGAAGUUGUAACAUGAAAGAAAGCAUGCAAAGUUACGAGAUUGAGAAAGUUGAAUACAAGACCAAUGCGACUAUUGAACAAUUUACAGAUGAGCUCCAAUCUUCAACUUUUGAAGAUUCGGAUGGGACACCAGUUCAGUUCCUAUCAAAUGAUGCAUUAAGUGAAGUGAAGACAGAUUUUAAUGUUCAUGAAAUGGUUGUUGCAGGCAUUGUGUUUGAAAAUGUUGAUAUGUCUGAAGCGAAGUUUGUAUCUUCAAGAAAAAUAAGUUUAAGCUCAGCUUCAGAUAGAAUGAUUGGUUUUUCCCCCAAGCAGCUAAAUAAUUCAGAGACUAAAGUGUUGCAGUCCGAAACAAAACUUUUCCCGGAAACAGCAAGAAUUGAUGUUGGAAUUGGUGAUAUGGAGAACAUGCAGAUGGAUGUCAACAAGGAACUAGUUGAUGAAGUUGGAGACUAUUUAUUGGAGGGAGAAAUUGACAAGUCAGGUCUGAUUGCUGAUUCUGAGGAAGUUGAUAAUCGAAUUUGCGAUGUGGAAGAGAACAUGCAAAUAAUUGUCAAUGAAAAGCAAGUUGAAGAAAGUGAGCAAGUUAUACGUGCAACACCUAGUCCAAUGGUCUUGAACAACGUGGAAGUUGGAGAGCAGUUGUUGGAGGGAGAGAUUGAGAAGUCAUGUAUGAAUGCUGAUUCAGAGGAAUGCAUAGGAAUUUUGCCCAAUAAUCUUCUGCCUUCAGCAACAAAAGGCUUUGAGGAUGAAACAUAUUUUGAUGUAAGUGCACUUGGAGAUGUUGUGGAAACUUUCAAAAUGGAAGAAAGCAUGCCAAGUGAUCAGAUGGAGAAAGAAUUCAGUCAGAAAGUUCUGCAUAUGACAAAUGAUUCGGUGCAGGAAGAAAUUACCAGGUUGAUUAAUAACUCUGAUGAUCAUGAAUGUGUUGGUGUGACUGGUCCAGAAGAUGGCAAAAACCAACAUAAUAUGAAGAUGGACAUGGAAAGCAUUGAAAAAUAUUUGCUCUAUGAUUUCCACACUUUGGAAGAUGCAAGUGGUCAAAAUUUAGAUGAGAAUGCUCCAACUAUGCCUCAGGAAGGUGAAAUGAAGUUAUGCACUUUUAACCAUCAACAAAUGUCUGCAUCAGGCACUUUCUGUGGAGAUGAAAUGGAAACACCACCAAAUUGUACAAGUCGUAAGCUCCGUGAAUCAUUUAUAAAGAAAGAGUUGAAGAUUAUGUCGAGUUUGCCUAUGAAACGUGCAAGGGAUAUUCUUGGAGCUAGUGACAUGAAAGAAAACAUUAAAAUUUCAAAGAAAACACCUUCAAGGAGUGCAUUUCCUAAGAGGAAACCUCUACAACAUCUUCAACAGAACUGAACUUCACAGCCCGUGAACUGUUGAUUUCUGUAGCAGUUUAGUGAAUGACAGUGUUUCAAUAAUGUGAUGGUUACAAAUUUUUCUCGAUGACCAACAUGUUUUAAAGUAUAUAUGAUGAGAAAAGACAAUGCUACUUUAUGGUAAUUGUUGUGUCAAGUGUGUUUUCAUGCUUAUUCUGUUUCAUGUAGCCCUUUAUCUAACAUGGCAUUGAGAUUGUUACAUGGCACUAGUUGAAACGUGUCAUAUUGAGAUGCAUAUGAUAUUUAACUUGUAACGCAGAUUAGAACUGGUAUGAUCUUUCUCUAGGAAAAAUCUCACAUACUCAGACAAUUUGUGGCUUAAUUUUCAUCAUUUGGUUUGUAUAUUAUGUUGUGUAGUUUCAUUGAAUUUGUGGCUUGAUUUUCAUCAUUUGG